AUGAGGCAGUCUCACAAACCAAAGGAUCUUCCAUCCACCUGCUCAGAACUCUCAGGCUCAGCAGUCAUCCACAGGAGCCAUGUCAUUCCCGUUUUCAUAACAUCAGCUAUCGAGAGACAGUGCAGAGUGGCUUGCCAUUUCGUAAAAAAACAGAGAAAGAAAGACUAUCUUAAUGUCAAUGGGAUCAUGAGACCUGGCCUCAAUGCUAUCAUGGGACCUGAGGAUGGGAGCAGAUCUUGGUUAUUGGAUGUCUUAGCUGCAAGGCAAGAUCCACGUGGAUUAUUAGGAGAUAUUUUGAUAAAUGGGAAACCUCGACCUGCUAAUUUCAAAUGUACUUCUGGUUAUGUACCACAAAAAGACGUGGUGAUGCACACAGUGACUGUGAGAGACAAUAUAGAGUUCUCAGCAGCUCUUCGACUCCCAAUGACUGUAACAAGAGAUGAAAGAAGGCGGCGAAUUGAUGAGGUCCUUGAACUUCUGCAUCUGGAUAAAGUGGCAAAUGUCCAGCCUAGAUCUAAGGAACUCAGGAAAAGGACCAGUAUAGCAAUGGAGCUGGUCACCGAGCAUCCCAUUCUUUUCUUGGACGAUCCCACCACUGACUUAGACUUGGUAACCACAAUAGAUGUCAUCUUGGAUAUGAAAAGGUAAGUUCCAAAGGAAAAU